UGGCUGACCUGGAGCGAUGCUCCCGGAGAGGAGCAUCGCGGUGUGUGGGUCCUUGCCACCCGCUCUUGGAGAGGUGCGUGGGAUGCAUAUCCGCGGCAGUCGGGCCGACCCAGGGUGGGUGGGGGCGGUCCUUCAGGCUGCUCUGUGCCCCCCUUGGGAACGCAACUUUGUCUGUGGGGGGGAGAGCAUCAGAGCCGGGCGGAUGAGGCUGUAGUCUUGGGCACCCCGCCUCCUCCCGGGCCGCCCCUCCCCCGCGCCCCUGCUCUGGCUCUCCAGCAUCCUCACUCCGCCCAGUUCCGUGCCAGCUGCGUGGGCUCCGGCUUCGUGCGGGUUUUUUUCCCCUUGGAAUGCUCCAAAACUCGGCAGCGACUACGAAAAACCCCAUCGGAACUGACCGGCUGCGCUAGCACGGGGCGCAACACUGGUGCCGCGCGCCAGCCAAGCCCACCUCUGUCACUUCAGCCACCGGAUUGCAACUUUGCAGAGAUGACGGACUAGCAUGGCCUGAAGCAUGGCUCAGUUCUAUUACAAAAGAAAUGUCAACGCCCCCUACAGAGACCGCAUCCCCCUGAGGAUUGUCAGAGCGGAAUCUGAACUCUCACCGUCUGAAAAAGCCUACUUGAAUGCAGUGGAGAAGGGGGACUAUGCGAGUGUCAAGAAGUCUCUUGAGGAAGCUGAGAUUUACUUUAAGAUCAACAUUAACUGCAUCGACCCCCUUGGGAGGACUGCUCUUCUCAUCGCCAUUGAGAACGAGAACCUGGAGCUGAUUGAACUGUUGUUGAGUUUCAACGUCUACGUUGGCGAUGCGCUGCUUCAUGCUAUCAGGAAAGAGGUGGUGGGAGCCGUGGAGCUACUGCUGAACCACAAAAAGCCAAGUGGAGAGAAGCAGGUGCCUCCCAUUCUCCUGGAUAAGCAGUUCUCGGAAUUCACUCCAGACAUCACACCUAUCAUCUUGGCCGCACAUACAAAUAAUUAUGAGAUAAUCAAACUUUUGGUCCAGAAAGGUGUCUCAGUGCCCAGACCCCACGAGGUCCGCUGUAACUGUGUCGAGUGUGUCUCCAGCUCGGACGUGGACAGCCUCAGACACUCACGGUCCAGGCUCAACAUCUACAAGGCGCUGGCCAGUCCCUCGCUCAUCGCCCUGUCAAGCGAAGACCCUUUUCUCACCGCCUUCCAGCUAAGCUGGGAGCUGCAGGAACUGAGCAAGGUGGAGAAUGAAUUCAAGUCGGAAUAUGAGGAGCUGUCGAGACAAUGCAAACAAUUUGCUAAGGACCUCCUAGAUCAGACACGAAGUUCCAGAGAGCUGGAGAUCAUUCUUAAUUACCGCGAUGACAAUAGUCUGAUCGAAGAACAGAGCGGCAAUGAUCUUGCGAGGCUAAAAUUAGCCAUUAAGUACCGUCAAAAAGAGUUCGUUGCCCAGCCCAACUGCCAGCAGCUGCUCGCCUCCCGCUGGUACGACGAGUUCCCCGGCUGGAGGAGAAGACACUGGGCCGUGAAGAUGGUGACGUGUUUCAUAAUAGGACUGCUUUUCCCCGUCUUCUCCGUGUGCUACCUGAUAGCUCCUAAAAGCCCACUUGGACUGUUCAUCAGAAAGCCAUUUAUCAAGUUUAUCUGCCACACUGCCUCCUAUUUGACCUUUUUGUUCCUGCUGCUGCUGGCCUCUCAGCACAUCGACAGGUCAGACUUGAACAGACAAGGUCCACCACCAACCAUCGUGGAGUGGAUGAUAUUACCGUGGGUCCUGGGCUUUAUCUGGGGAGAGAUUAAGCAGAUGUGGGACGGCGGACUUCAGGAUUACAUCCACGACUGGUGGAAUCUAAUGGACUUCGUGAUGAACUCCUUGUAUCUGGCCACAAUCUCCCUGAAGAUCGUUGCAUUUGUCAAGUACAGUGCUCUGAACCCACGGGACUCAUGGGACAUGUGGCACCCCACCCUGGUGGCAGAGGCUCUAUUUGCUAUUGCAAACAUCUUCAGUUCCCUGCGGCUGAUCUCACUGUUCACCGCGAAUUCGCACCUGGGACCGCUGCAGAUAUCGCUGGGACGGAUGCUUCUGGACAUCCUAAAAUUCCUGUUCAUAUACUGCCUCGUGCUGCUCGCCUUUGCGAAUGGCCUAAAUCAGCUGUACUUCUACUAUGAAGAAACAAAGGGGUUAAACUGCAAAGGCAUCCGGUGCGAGAAGCAGAACAAUGCCUUUUCCACGUUAUUUGAAACUCUACAGUCUCUGUUUUGGUCAAUAUUUGGACUCAUCAAUUUGUAUGUUACUAAUGUCAAUGCCCAGCAUGAGUUCACCGAGUUUGUUGGGGCCACCAUGUUUGGGACAUACAAUGUCAUCUCUCUGGUUGUCCUAUUGAACAUGUUAAUUGCCAUGAUGAAUAAUUCUUACCAACUAAUUGCCGACCAUGCAGACAUAGAAUGGAAAUUUGCUCGAACAAAGCUCUGGAUGAGCUACUUUGAAGAAGGCGGCACCCUGCCUACGCCUUUCAAUGUCAUCCCAAGCCCCAAAUCCCUGUGGUACCUGGUCAAGUGGAUCUGGACGCACCUGUGUAAGAAGAAGAUGAGAAGGAAGCCAGAAAGCUUCGGGACAAUCGGGCGGCGGGCUGCUGACAACCUGAGGAGACACCACCAAUAUCAAGAGGUCAUGAGGAAUCUGGUGAAGCGGUACGUGGCGGCCAUGAUCAGAGAGGCCAAAACUGAAGAAGGCCUGACAGAGGAGAACGUCAAGGAACUAAAGCAAGACAUUUCUAGCUUCCGCUUUGAAGUUCUGGGAUUGCUCCGAGGAAGCAAGCUCUCCACAAUACAGUCAGGCAACGCGGCAGCGAGUUCAGCAGACGCCGACGAAAAGAGCCACAGCGAAGGUAAUAGCAAGGACAAGAAAAAGAAUCUCAGCCUCUUUGAUUUAACCACGCUGAUCCACCCGAGGUCAGCGGCCAUUGCCUCCGAGAGACAGACCAUAAGCAAUGGUUCCGCCCUGGUGGUGCAGGAGCCGCCCAGGGAGAAGCAGAGGAAAGUGAAUUUUGUGGCUGAUAUCAAAAACUUCGGGUUAUUUCAUAGACGGUCAAAACAAAAUGCUGCUGAGCCAAACGCCAACCAAAUCUUCUCUGUUUCAGAAGAAAUUGCUCGUCAACAGGCGGCAGGACCACUUGAGAGAAAUAUCCAACUGGAAUCCCAAGGAUUAGCUUCACGGGGUGACCUCAGCAUUCCUGGGCUCAAUGAACAGUGUGUACUAGUAGACCAUAGAGAAAGGAAUACGGACACUUUGGGUUUACAGGUAGGCAAGAGAGUGUGCUCCUUCAAGUCAGAGAAGGUGGUGGUGGAAGACACUGUCCCUAUCAUACCGAAAAAGAAGCAUGCCCACGAGGAGGACUCGAGCAUAGACUAUGAUUUAAGCCCCACGGACACAGCAGCCCACGAAGAUUACGUGACCACGCGAUUGUGACAGCUGGAGGAGGAACGUUUACCAUCCCUAUACAUAUUUUCCAUAGUGAUAUGGGUGGGGGAAAUGUUUGAAAUUCCAUUAUCAAAUGCUAAUUGACACUUUCUAGUGUUUAUCCAUCGUGGCAUAGCAACCUGUAACGUGUUUGAGCAAAGCAGAGGCAACCUGAACCCACCCCCCUCUUUUGUAGCCUGCUUUUGCUUUCACGGUUUAUUUUACAAAUGUUUCUGUUGAAUAAAAGCACCUUGUACUCCUUGUACUGUUAAAACCAUCCACAGAAAAUUUCUAGCUAUCUUUUUCAAUUAAAACCAAUGCAAUUGAUU